CCCACACGCUCGCGCUCACAUACCGGGAUGGGUGCGGCCUGUUCCCGUCGGCCACUUGUGGGGCUCAGAGGCGGGAUCUCGGAGGGCGAAGCACAGGACGGAGGUCUAGAUUCGGCGGGGAGUCCUUCUUUUCUGAUCUUUCGCAUUGUAAGUUCUGUCAUGUUAUGGUGGUUCUUAAGUUGGUGAGACUUUAGGAAGCUACUCCGUUCUCCUCUACUUUUCUUCCAUGGCAAUAUGGAAAGAAGAUGGCGUGAUUUCAGAGAGAGCUUUGGUUGCUAGGAAGCAAAUACUUGAAGAUGCUCUUGAUUUAAGUAGCAUUCAUUCAAAUUUUCAUUCUAGCCCAAGAGCUUGGAGAUACCUGAAGGUGCCACAAGUCUUUGCUUGCUUUACGAAUGGCUAGAAUCGGGGUUUCUGCGUUUAUAAUCGCUACUUUUAUACGUGUUAACUCCAUCUGUCUUGGUUCCCGUCCUUUGCGAUGGAAAGUGGUCUGUGGUGGCUGUCUUCUCCCGAGCAGAGCAAGUAUAGAUCGAGUAAUACGACUUAGCCAAGGCGUAUUGUACCAUCAUCUGUUGGAAGUCAGAAGAGAAACAAUGAAUACAUCCAAUGAGUUGCCUUGUCUUAGUAGUGACGACCACCUGGUAUAGAAGAGAUAACUGCAGGUAGU